UCUGGGGGGGAGCAAGCUGGUAACGGGGAGAGUAGGAGGGGUUGGUAACUAGGCCUGGGGGGUGGAAUCAGCAAACCCCACGGGAAGGGAGAUGGUUCCCUCUGGAAGCGAGAGCAGCAGGGACCCCCAAAGUGAAGAGGGAAUCUGGAUGGUGGUAGAGGGGACCCUGAGGCUGGAGGGGGGAAACCCCCGGGAAAGAGGAGAGGGACAGAACCAGGAAUCCUGAGGAGGGUUGGAGGGUGUGUGGGGGUCCUUCCCCAGGGAAGGAGAGGGGGUUAGGCUCCCGCAGAAGAGCAUGGGAGCGUGUGGGGUCGGAUUCCAGACAGGGAAGCACCUCCACUGCAAGGGGUGCUUAGCGGCCCCAGUGCUCCUGCACUGUGAGGGCUGCAGGCAGAAAGAGUUUAGGACAGAGUGAGCUGUUUAGCUCCAGUGAAGGCCAAACAUGGCAGUGACAGGCAUCUGUCCUGUUCACUUUGGGCAUCCGCCCCAUGCUGCUGCUUUCAAACAGCUGCACAAACAAGCUACGCAAUCAACCCCUGCCGAAUUCUGUGUUGGUGCUGGGUGCCAGGCAGCCGGACCAUGCUGUGUCCCACUUCGCUGCUCUGCAAUCCCCCGCUUUCCACAACAUUUAGCAGCGGGGAUGUUGCUGCAGUGAAUCUUUCUACUGCGCUUCUCUGAUACACACUCCAGUGCAAAUAUUUAUGCAGCAGCAAUUGGGAUGCAAACUGUAGGUGGGGUGUGUGCGUGCUGACUUUAGACCUCUGAGCUUUCAGUUGACCAUUAAGGGUGUUGGAGAUGUGAGGGGACUGGGCCCAUUCCCAGAGAGAUCUUGGCAGUUGGGGCCAGACUGUGGUAUCAGUUACUGAGCCUGACCAAUCAAAGUACAUUCAAUGAUGCAGCAUCCUUGUGGGUGUUUGCAGCUUGUGUUAAUGGCGGACUCCAGCUGCUCACACAGGCCGGUGGCUGAGCGUGGUGCUUCAGACAGAUAAGGUGACUGUACACCUGAAUUUAGCAUCUUAGCUGAAAUUGGGAGCACUAAGGUUCUCGAUCUAUCACUAGGACCACUAAGGGAGGCUGUGUGGAGACUGGCACUUACACGGCUGGCGCUCUUCCACGUCAGAGCCCUCACUGUGCCAGUUCUCUCUCGAUUCUCCCAGGGGAGGGGCAGGGAAAGCGGAGCCGCUUGAAAGGGGAACGGUUUGGUCUUCUUUAAAAGGCUUGUUUGGGGUUUUGUGUGGGUUGAAGAGGGUGGUGGGAAGUGUUGUGGAGAGGCCUCCUGGGGGUUAGAUGUAAUUGGGGUCCUCUCUAGGGGCUGUGUAAGCAGUUAGGAAACGGUUCCAGUCUUUACUGCAAUGUGAUAACAUCACUGGCGACGCCGAUGGAAAUAGCGUGAGAGCAACUGGCGGCUUACGGCAGACUGAACGGCUGACUGGGAAGGAGACGUGUGUUAGAGUGAGGCAAAGCUGGUUGUAAUCCCUGUCACAGGCACCUCAGAAGUGGUCAUGAUUGGGCAGGAAAGUGGGAUCUAGUGCUUAGAGCAGGAAGAAGCCGAGAAUCAGGAUUCCUGGGUUCCACCCCCCAGCUCUGGGAGGGGAAAGCGGCCUAGUGGUUAGAGCAGGAAGGGGCUGAGAGUUGGGAUUUCUGGGUUCUGUUACUGGCUCUGUCACUUCUUGACACAGAAAAAUCACUUCCCUUCUUUGCCUGAAUUUCCCCAUCUGUACAAUCAGCGGGGGAGGUAGUGGCUGGGCCUCAGUAACCAAUGUCUGGCCACACACUCAGGCCCUUGGCAGUAGGGCGCUGCAGGAGGGAGGGGAUUAGCUGUCCUGAACGGUUAUUGAUUUCAGUUGCUUCCCUUGGGGAUCCUACCCCGAACAGGAGCAGCAGGGAUGUCCCCUGUUCUGCCAGCACCUCGCAGUGUGUUCUCCAUGCAGCGUGCUGGAUCCUCUUCGGUUCAGGGUCCCAUCGUUGCUCUAGAUCCACUCCUGCAAAGCGUGUAGGGUUACGGGGGGGAUGUAACUGACAUUUCCUCUUUCAAAGCCAGCGGCUUCUCACCCCUCCUGGUGUUGUUGAAUUCCAGUCCCUGGAUCUGAACAAGCCCAUCGACAAGCGCAUCUACAAAGGCACGCAGCCCACCUGCCACGACUUCAACCAGUUCACGGCCGCCGCUGACAGCAUUUCGCUGCUGGUGGGCUUCUCCGCCGGCCAGGUCCAGUACCUGGAUCUCAUCAAGAAGGACACCAGCAAGUUGUUCAAUGAGGAGCGGCUCAUCGACAAGACGAAGGUGACCUACCUGAAGUGGAUCCCGGAGACGGAGAGCCUCUUCCUGGCCUCCCACGCCAGCGGGCACCUGUACCUGUACAACGUGGAGCACCCGUGCGGCUCUGCCUUGCCCCAGUACACGCUCCUCAAGCAGGGCGAGGGCUUUGCCGUCUACGCCUGCAAGGGCAAAAGCGCCCGCAACCCGCUGGUGAAGUGGGCGGUGGGCGAGGGGGCCCUCAACGAGUUCGCCUUCUCGCCCGACGGCCGCUACCUGGCCUGCGUCAGCCAGGACGGCUGCCUCCGCGUCUUCCACUUCGACUCCAUGCUGCUGCAGGGCAUGAUGAAGAGCUACUUCGGGGGGCUGCUGUGCGUCUGCUGGAGCCCCGACGGGCGCUACAUUGUCACCGGCGGCGAGGACGACCUGGUGACCGUCUGGUCCUUCGCCGAGGGCCGGGUCAUCGCCAGGGGGCACGGGCACAAGUCCUGGGUCAACGCGGUGGCCUUCGACCCCUACACCAGCAGCGUGGAGGAGGAGGAGCCGCCGGAGCUGAGCGGCAGCGACGACGAGCCCCAGGAGCCGGCCCACUUUGGCCGGGUGCGGACUAGCAGCACCUUGUCCCGCCUCUCCAAGCACAGCACCAAGAGCUCCCCCUCGGUGACCUACCGCUUCGGCUCGGCCGGGCAGGACACGCAGUUCUGCCUGUGGGACCUGACGGAGGACGUGCUGUACCCCCACCACCCGCUCUCCCGGGCCCGGACUCUCACCAACACCUUCAGCACCGGCAUCCCCUCCUCGGUGAGCGGCGGGAGCAACCUGGCUGGCGAGCCGGGGGGCAGCAGCGGCGGGGCCAUCCUGCCCCGCUCGCUCUCGCGCUCCAACAGCCUGCCCCACCCGGCCGUCACCGGCGCCGCCAAGAGCCAGGCGACGGACAGCGCCGUGCCCUUCAGCAUCGGCAAGUUCGCCACGCUCACCCUGCAGGAGCGCCGGGACAAGAGCGCCGAGAAGGAGCACAAGCGCUACCACAGCCUGGGCAACAUCAGCAAGAGCAACGACAAGCUCAACGGGGGGGCGCCCCGGAGCAAGCUGGACACCGCCAAGGUCCUGGGCACGGCCCUCUGCCCCCGCAUCAACGAGGUGCCCCUGCUGGAGCCCCUGGUCUGCAAGAAGAUCGCCCACGAGCGGCUGACGGUGCUGCUCUUCCUGGAGGACUGCAUCAUCACCGCCUGCCAGGAGGGGCUCAUCUGCACCUGGGCCAGGCCUGGGAAAGCCAACCUCACCUCUCAGAACGGCAGCUCGCCCAGCGGCACUGUGGUAUAACCCCGGGAGCGCCUGCCCCCCACGCGGUGCCAGCUUGGCCGCCUGGCACUGCCCAGACUCCGGGCCCUCGUUAUUUAACGCUAAUUGACGCUGCGUGGCCAGACGCUUCCCGUGGUGUUGAGCCGCUAACAGAGGUUUAAUAUAUAGAUCCCCGUCUACAGAGCACAGGCCCCUCCGCCGGCCCGGGCCACCCCCUCCCUUAACGUAUUAAUGGCCCCUGUUUAAAGCGUUGUGGGACUUCAGCCCUGGAGUGAUGGGAGCAGAGCCGGUCUCCCCAGAGCCCUCACUUUGCACAACAGCCUGGAGCGCAGGAGCUGCGAGCGGCCCAGGGAGUGCGGGGGGUGGGGCUUUCUGCUGCCUCAGUUUCCCCAGAACACUCUGGAGUGGCCAGAAGGACCCCUACAGGCCGGCACUACCUGCACUUCCUCUGCCAAGGGACACCCACCCUGGAGCAUACACAGUCCUGGAGACCUGGCACCCUGCCCCCACAUGGCCACAAGCUACCGCCGGUGUCCCCGGCACCACCUGCUGCUGUCCCAGAUCCCUUGCGGGCAGGCCGGGCUUCGUCCUGAGCCAGCGUUCGCUCUGGUGGCCGAGCUGAGGGGAGCCUGCCUGCCUGCCUGCCUGUCCUCACCCCGCAGGGCCUCUGCGCCUGCUACUGAUCCCCGGGCCCAGAGGCAGCAGGGCUGAGUGGAAAGGUGCCCAGAGGGCAGCAGGUUGGCAAAUCCCUCCUCUUCCUCCCCUCCGUGAGCAACCCCCAAAGAGCUGGAGAAACUCCCAGGCUGCAGUGCCAACACCCUGUGUUGUACCUGCUCUGGGCAUCUGCCCUGUGCCUGGGCAGAGAGGGGAGCUGCCACGCAGCUUGGCUCUCGCUGGGCUCCCUGGAGCUGGGGGUGCUCACGGCGCUGCCUGGCUGCCGGCCCCUUCUUCCUGCAGCUGGCCCCAGCGCCGACCCCUCCCAAUUCUAAAGCCUUGGCCGCGAGCUCCAGCUGGGGGUGCCUGUGUGCUGUGCUGAGUCCCUCUCCCUGGGAGCGGCCCCCCUGGGCUCACGUUGGGGGGGGCCUUGGUCCCAGCUGCCUGAGCGACAGCCGCUGCCUCCACCGCUGUGGGAAGGCUGGCAGGAGGUGCGCCUUUCGCUGGGCUGGGCCUGGGGAACUCCCCACCACUGGAGCAGGCGUCCCCCUCCCCCCGGGAGCUGAGCCAAACACCCCGUGAAUCCCUGCGGCUUGGCCUGGCCCCUGCUCGGCGUACACCCAGCGUGGGCCCUGGGCGAGCCCGGUCAGCACAAAGAACAGUAUUAGCCGUGGUGUCCCCCCAUGGCCACUCACCUGUGCCCUCUAGCCCCCUCCCCCACAGGCACCCUGGGGCCCCUGCCCCCUGGACUCCCCCAGGUGGGGGCAGGGCCCACAGGGAGGGGGGACCCCUCUGCCGUCUGUUCCCCUUGUGGCCGAAUGUCUAAGUUAUGGAGCUGCGGUUCUGCAAGUUUAUUUAUACUAAAGAAACGAUUUUCAGA